AUGCUGCACCUCGGCUUCACCCUGCUGCUGGUGCUGGUGCUGGGGGCCAGCCUCAGGGCCAGCCUUGGGGCCAGCCUCGGGGCCACCUUCUCCCAGGACACCCCGAAGAAGGACUGCAGCCUGUCCAAGUACCAGUUCCUCUUGCCUCAAGAGACGCGGGCCGUGCAGAAGAUGAAGGACGAGUUUGAGAAGAUCAUGCUGCUGUCGGACCGCCAAUGCAACACGAGGCUCUUCCAUCGGAAAUGGAAGACGAAAGAACUGUUGGUGCCUGACCGGAUGAAGCUGGUGGAAGCUGAGCUAGACUUCGCCAUCAACAUGCUGGAGCUCCUCACCGAACCCGAGCUCGGCGAGACGCGCGAGCAGCCCCUGCUCCUCCUCACCCAAGCCCGGGAGGACGUGCGAGACUGCGUGAGUGCCCCCCUCAAAGUCCCCUGCCCCAAGCACGUGUCCUCCAGGAAACUGAGGCACUGGCUGCAGAGGCUGGGGAUGGCCAAGGAAACAGAGACCACCGGCUGCCUGGAGGCCUCCGCCAUCCUGAACCUCUUCCAGGUGCUGAACAACCUGCAGUGCGCAGCCCUGCGGGAGCGAUGCACUUAG